ACCGCACUAAUAAAGUCGAGAGGCAAAAACAUGCCUUAAUCGCGGGCGACAGCAUAGCGAGUGCUUAGUGGCGCUCAGCGGCAAGAACGUGUCUUAUUUGAGCGCAGCGGCAAGAAGGUGUCUAAUCGGCGCCGAAUCUUUUGCGCUUCGAUUUUAAGUUGGCAGCACUGUUAGACAUCACCAGCUCAACUCGGCAGAGUCACGCGCUUUUGCCUUCGUCUGCAGUUCACUGUUUGUAUAUCACUGUUUGUAUUGAAAAUGUAUGGUCGUUGCGUUGUGCUGUGUCGCUGCAUCAAGUCAAACAGAGUAUGCGAAGAAGCAGGUAGCAGGCAAAAAUAAUUUGAAUGCUGUGUCAAAGACAGCAACGACCAUAACAGUUGCAGCAUCAAUAACAACAGCAACAACAUCAAGCUCAACAAAGACAGCAACGACAAUAACAGAGGCAGCAUCAACAACAACAGCAACAACAAGCUCAGCUGUCAAAAGGGUUGGUUUGAGAGUUUAAGGCAUAAAGAGUCGAUCAAGACUGAGAUAGACACAAAUGCUGUCAGUACAAACGCAACACCUCAGAUCUGUUCACAGUUUGUGCAAAACAGUUCUGAGGUAUAGAGUUUGUACGUUGCCAAUACAAUUUUCAACUAUGACUCAGUUCCUUUAGAUUAUUUUUUUUUUGCAAAUAAAACUUAUGUUUACAAAAUAUUCAUAUUAUUCAAUUAUAUAUCAAACAAUUAUAUUUAUAAGUUUGGAUCUGCUUUUUCAAUAAUGUUUACAAUAAUUGUUGUUCAAAAACAGUUCUGCGGUGUCGAGUUUGUAUAGUGCCAAUAUAAUUUUUAACUAUGACUCAAUUCC